UGUGUGUGUGGUUAUCAAUUGGCAGUUGUAGUUGUUUUCUGAAAUAUGCUCCAUUGUGCGAAUUCAGCGUUGAGAUUUGCUAAUUUGAAAGGAAAUGGUAUGAGAUAAUCAACCAUGUAACAAGAUUACAUGAUGUGACACCAUGUACUUUAUAGACUUUCAUAAAGAACAAGGAACUUUAUGAUAGACUAUUGUGGAUAAACUAUACGAGUAAUAAGGAAUUGAUUUGAAUAGUAAAGCGUAAAGUUUAAUUGAAACUUAAGUGAACAUUUUGUACUAUGUACAGUAAAGGAGCCAUAGGAAGCCAGAGGAGCUGUUGGGGUAGGAGGGUUUGUUUUGCAAUAAAUUGUAAAGUAGUCUUAAGAGGACAGUAAAGUGACGUGUUGGUUAAGUGCAGAUCAACUGUGUAAACCAAUAAAUAGAUAAGUAUCAAGUUCCUUAAUUUAUGUAAGCAUAGUGGACUUAUGGUUUAUUUACUGUGCUUUAGAUUGUUUACGUCUUUCGUGAUAGCAAAAUCUGUACUCUUUUAGACUGGAAAUUCAUACCAUCCUGGGAAUACCCACGCACCUGUACAUUCAGCUCACAAUCUUGUUUUUUAAGUCUGCGUAGUGCUACCCGCAAAUGUACGCGUCUCGCUUAGUAGAGGUCGGAUUGAUGAUAUGUUUCUUUUGUUUAAAGGAAUGGGAUUGUGAUGUUUUGGUUGUUAUUGUGGCGGUGCUCAUUUUACAGGCUGGAAUGUGUGUGCCUGUGUGUAGUUUCUGUUACUCUAGGCAGAAGCUGUGAGGCUUUGACUGUAGCCCUGUAGAGAGGCCCAUUGAAGGGGAAGCUGGCCCUGUGUGUGUGUGCAUGCAUGCCGACCACUGGGAUUGGACACAGGGUAGAAAGACCCCCUGUACGGAAGGAGGGAAAAGGGAGGAAAUAGGAAGGAGGAGUCAUUUACACUUUCUGGUCAUGUGUGUGUUCUUGCUUCAUGUUUUGCGUGAACGGAGCGGAGUGGUCGCGUUACAGAAAGGGUAACCAAAGACGAGCACUAGCGAUGGAGUCGGCCGUUAGUACAUCCACUCAAGUGCCAGAUGAGUUUGACCGGAACGUUCCGCGGAUCUGUGGUGUGUGUGGAGACAAAGCUACCGGCUUUCACUUUAAUGCGAUGACUUGCGAGGGCUGCAAAGGCUUCUUCAGGCGCAGCAUGAAGCGUAAGGCCAGCUUUACCUGUCCAUUUAAUGGAAGCUGCACCAUUACUAAAGAUAACCGGCGACAUUGCCAAGCCUGCAGACUCAAGCGUUGCCUGGAUAUUGGCAUGAUGAAAGAGUUUAUUUUAACGGAUGAGGAGGUUCAGAGGAAAAAGGAUCUGAUUCAGAGAAGGAAGGAUGAGGAGGCGAUGAAGGAGGCGCAGAAGCCCCGACUCACGGAAGAGCAGCGCAACAUCAUCAGCAUGCUGGUGGAGGCACACCACAAAACUUACGACGAUUCCUACUCCGACUUCUCACGCUUCAGACCUCCGGUUAGAGAGGGUCCAGUUACACGUAGUGCCAGCCGAGCAGCGUCUCUCCACUCUCUGUCGGAUGCCUCCUCUGACUCCUACAGCCACUCUCCAGAAUCAGGAGAUCGCAAGAUGAAUCUGAGUAACCUGCUGAUGAUGUAUCAGGAGCAGGGUUUGGGCUCCAGUCCUGAGUCAAAGGAAGAUGAGGGCACCAAUCUGUCCAUGCUUCCUCACCUGGCUGAUUUGGUUUCAUAUAGCAUUCAGAAAGUCAUCGGCUUUGCCAAGAUGAUUCCUGGGUUCAGGGAGCUAACAGCUGAAGAUCAGAUUGCUCUGCUGAAGUCUAGUGCUAUAGAAGUGAUCAUGCUUAGGUCCAACCAGUCCUUUAGUCUGGAGGACAUGAGCUGGAGCUGUGGAGGACCAGACUUUAAAUACUGCGUAAACGAUGUGACGAAAGCUGGUCAUACUCUGGAGCUGCUGGAGCCUCUGGUGAAGUUUCAGGUGGGACUGAAAAAGCUCAACCUACACGAAGAGGAACAUGUGCUGCUGAUGGCUAUCUGCUUGCUGUCACCAGACCGGCCCGGGGUGCAGGACCACGAGCGAGUGGAGGUGCUGCAAGACCGAGUGUCUGAAGUUCUGCAGGCGUACAUCCGCGCGAAUCACCCAGGGGGCCAUCUGCUCUACGCUAAGAUGAUUCAAAAGCUGGCGGACCUCCGCAGCCUGAACGAAGAGCAUUCGAAACAGUACCGCUCCCUCUCCUUCCAGCCCGAACACAGCAUGCAGCUGACACCGCUCGUGCUGGAGGUCUUCGGUGGACAGGUCACCUAACAACCGCAUCCGAGUCGGGUCAAGAUGCGUGGGUCAGGUGCCAUGACCCAUGUGGGCGUAGUAAGAGUUGAGUGAAUGUACGGACAAUCACUUUAAAACAUACAUCCACAGUUUUCAGGACGACGUUUGUGAGUGCUCAAGGGUGCGUGUGUGAGCGUUUUCCUUAUUUUUAGGCCCUGAUGGAAUGCGCAGGCUUAUUUCUCACUUUUUGGUAUUGGGGGUAAAUCUCUGCCAUGGCUUUAAACAUGAUAAAAUGUGUUAAAUAGAGUUUGAGAGCGAUUAGUCCUCUGAAAGCAUCGUCAGAUUAGCCAAAUUAUUUUACGGCCAAACACAUGCGGAGAAAGUGCGUAACUGUAAAUACCGGACGCUUAAUGGGCCUGCAUAUAAUUUACAGAAUGGCUAGGGAGCUACACAUAUUAUUUCUGUUUUGUUUUGUUUUUACGAAAGGAAAUUUUCACACAGAUGUGGUCAUGGUAUUUUACUGUGGCGUCCGAGUACAGUAUACCUUACUGUAUCGUCAAUAGCCAACAGUAUUACACUGCAUGUGUAUCCCUUUACAGGAUGAAUGUGUGUAUAUGCGUGUUUGGUCCCGCAUGCCUCCCCAAUAGCGCUGUCCACCUCCUUUCUUCACCUUCUGCCUUUAAACGCAGUGUUGAAAGUACUAAUGCAGGCACACAACACUAACCCGCUCUUUGCAUAGCCACUUAACCAGUUAAACGGCAGCUCCGCCCCCUCUCCGCUCCAUCCCAGGUUGUUGCUGAUGCAAUGGCUGUCUUUACUGUUAUUUGCCUGUGCUUUGAUUGGGCAUUUACCCUUACGCCUGUACAAAAAGUGGCCAGUGCUGCAUUAGCAUUUAUCACACAGCUAUCCUGUAAAUAUUAAUAUCUAUAUUCGUACUUUCUCGAAUAAGUGUAAAUACAGUUUGAUAAAAGCUUACUUGGUGGAAAUAGCGGAGGGUGACCCUGCAGCCCUAGCUACCCAUGUAAGCAUAAUAAUACAUAUGUAAGCGUAAGAUACUACAAUUUAGCUACGUGUUAAAUCAAACCCGUAUAGGAAUUGGAAUCGUUAAUUAUGUUUUAAAAGAGUUUUACCUCCAUACUUAUAUCCUAUAGUGCUAUAGGUGUAUUUCUCCAUGGGUCAUGUUGUUGUUUUUUUUUGUCCUCUUGCAUUCCAUUAUUCCUUGAGCUCACAGGUUUGACCCAGUUAAGACUAAAUGCUAUAUCAUUUAUAUAAAUUACAAGUUUUUUAUUUACUUUUUUCACAUCUGCAAACAGCAUGAUAAAUGUAUAAUCGGUCAAAGACAAAAAUAACCAAGGCACGUUUCAGUCGAAAUCAUAAGGAAGUCCUGAAAUGCAAUCUGAAAAAAAAUGCCAUUUUGGGGUAAUAUAUGAUCCAAACCUGUUUUUUGUUUAAAUGGCUCUGUAUAAAAUAUCCAAGUCCGAUCAAGUGACUAGAAACCAAGAUGCUCUUUCUAUCGCUUAAGGUGUCUUUAAAUAGCAGCCAGUCAGAUAAUAUGAUUUCUUGUCAUUUAUCAUCUGUAUCUCCAUGGUACCUGGGUUUUAUCCUUAUUUGUUGGCACAGGCUUGUACUUGAACGUAUCAUCUCUGAGUACUGCAUAACACAACAUUAUUAAGGGUCACCUAACGCCAUGACGGCUAUAGUAUAGACUUUAAUGCAUGUCUUUGGACACAGUAUUUUCACAAUAUCCACUGCCUGUUUUAUGUCAGCCAAACCAAACACAACUGCCUUAGCUUGGCCUCACCGUUAAUUGUAAUUUAUCUUUAACUUAUGCAUUUUAAGUUUUUUGGUCUUGUUUGGGUGUUUCUAGGGAUCGAUGUCUUUUGCUUCACUGUGUAUAAUAGAUGUGGAGGAGGGCUAAUAUGUCUGAUUUGUACACUAUUAAUCUACUUCUCUGUCAGGGCUCAGGGUCAUUAGGAAAACUUUUCUGUGGUAUGGGAGUUAAUCUUAGAAAAUGAAGAUUGUCGUUAGUUUCGAGAUUCGUGUUGGAACCGGGUCGGGUGAUUUAUCGAUCACGUAGGCUGAAUUUAACUACCUGGAAACUGCUCUCGCUCAGUAGGGCCAGAUCAGUGCGUGUGUCUGUGGUUGCGAGCGUUUAAAAAGCAAACGGAGAGACGUAUAGCAUAUAUCUACCGUAUCUAUGACCGGGCAUCGUAUAUAUUUGGCCCGGGCUGAGAUGGAGUGUUUGCGUGUGUAUGUGUGCGAGUGAAGGAGAAAGAGCGAAGUACGCGAGUAGGUUAGCUAUCAUUUCCUCAGUACACACUUGUUAUUACUAAUAAUAAAUAACUUAGUCAUGGCACUUAAGAUUUAAUGAUAUGGAAGGUUUGAUAUAUAUAUAUAUAUAUAUAUAUAUAUAUCUAUGAGUAUUACUUCUUUGAAAAAUUAAAAAAAUUAAAAUAUUUUCUUGUAGACUAGUUUUGAUAUUCUGGUAUUAGUGUACAGGUGGCGCACAGGGCAGAUGUUAUGUAUGUUUGUUUGGAUAGGGAUGCAAUAUGUAGGAAAGUAUGCUAACUUUCUGCCCGGUGUAGGUAAUUAUAUAUAGAUAUAUAUAUAUAUAUAUAUAUAUAUAUAUAUAUAUAUAUAUAUAAUUACUUUAACUUUUUUUGCUCUUUCUGACUGUCUAUUUUGUCUUCAUGCCUUUUCUCUAUACUAAGCUGCUCAGUUCUUUGUGGAAUGAGGGGCGUUGAUUCGAUUUUAAACUGGAGAAUGAUGAAAUCUUCCAGACUUUAUCUAGUAAUUAUACAGACUUACUUGUUUUGUUCUGAUUUAGUGCUAAAAUAUUUAGAUGAUAUCCCUGCAACUCUCAGCAUAAACACAGAUCAGACAAAGCAAGACAACAUGUAAACCGUUGCAAGAAAUGCAUUAUGCAUGAUAAUUAUGGUGAGACAUGAGAAAGACGGUGAUGAAAAUGAUAUUGGUCUCUUUGGGAGUCCAAAAUGUAACCAUAACAAACUACCUCUCUGGGGAACGGACACAUUUGAUUUGUAUUUUUUUAUGAUUCAUGUUUGUAUUUAUUGCUGUGCAGUGGCUCACACGGACAACACAGUACCUCAUGUAAUGAAUCUCACUUAACAACGAAGACGCCUUAACAGCUUUUGUUUCUUUUAAAACUGUUAUUUUCUCCGUGUACGGUCUUUGUAUCCGUAGCUUUCUUCAGCACGAACAUUUCCGUACACAGACCUGCAGACAAACAAACUCACACACAUACAAGAAAGCUGAACUGUUUAAGGCGUGGUCACUUCCAUGAUUGACAGUGUUCAGUUGCUGCUGGGAUUGGUUGGCCCCUCCUCAGGCCCCUCCCCAUUCAUUCUGACUGCUCGGUUGGAUUUUGCUGCUCCGCAAAAAUAUUUACACAAAUGAACGUAACCAUGACAGAGCGUGACCUCGCUCUCUUUCUCUUUUUAACGGUGUUUGUUUGUCAUCUCUCGUGCUCUGCAAAACACACUAGCUCAAACUUUACCUCAUACAAAAAAAAUAAUUCCUCUGCCGUCGAUACCUCAAACCAGGUCAAUCCUAAAAUUUAGACGAUGGAUGACAGACGCACCCGUAAGAAAGCGAAAGAGUACGAGACGUGCUCUUUACCUCAUCUCUUCUGUCUUGGCACCAAAAGACGGGA